CCCUCUCCAUAUACCCUUGAUUAGGGUUUGGAUCCAGUGGCUUUUCAACGCAUUCUCGUAAAUUCCGUCGCCUGUGGUUUGUUCUCCUGGCGGCGCCAAUGGAUGUCGUCCUUACCGGCGCCGCCAUCGCGAAACGUCUAGCGUCUUGCAACAGGGUUACACGGGAGCGGGCUGUCCGUGUAUUCUCAUCGUGGAUCUGCCACCAAGCUAACGACGCCGUUUCGGAUGCUGAUCUGAUCAAAAUAUGGAAAGGCCUGUUCUACUGCUUCUGGCACGCAGAUAAGCUCCCUGUCCAGUCCGAACUCGCCGGUCGCCUUGCUGCUCUUGUCGAAACCUUGCCUCCGCCCCUUGCCUUCCGAUACUUCGAGGCUUUCCUCGUCACCAUCCGACGGGAGUGGGGAGGCAUCGACUUCCUCCGCCUCGACAAGUUUUAUCUUCUUAUUAGGAAGUUCCUGCGGCAUGCUUUCUUGCUGCUGAAGAAGAAAGCGUGGGAUCCCGCCCUCGUAGGCAGUAUGAUGGGAAUAUUGUUGGAAAAAUCGCUUCUUGCAUCCGAUAAUUACUUGGCCAAUGGAGUCAAGUACCAUGUUUCGGAGGCCUUCUUGGACGAGACGAAUGAUCUUCUUCCUCUCGUCGUGAACACGCUAGAAUUGGUGAUAAAGCCCUUCAUUUUAGUGCUGGAGAAAACUGCAGAUAAGGUGCUUGUGAAUAAGAUUAAGGUAAACAUUUUUGACCGGUUUCUGGAGAAUGGAAGGAAGUUGCUGAAUCCGAUGAAAACUGGGGAUCAAUUGGAAUUGAACAGUGAAGAGGAGAAGCUCAGUAAAAUUGCUUUGCUCCUAGCGUUUUCUAAGAUGUUCUUUGAUGCAGCUUCAGCUUCCGAAACUCUACAGGGAAAUCGGAAAUUUUUGUUUAAUUUGCAUGAAGGUUUUCUCAAGUUGGAGAACGAUUUAGAAAAGUAUGGAGUGCAUAUCUCAGCCAAGUACUUGGAUAGUGGGUGUUCACAGGACGUGACUUGUAGAAUGGUGAUAGAAAGCACCGAGCAGGUUGAUGUUAAAAAUGAAGACACCGAAGGUGCCCCAGAUGACAAGCAAACUAAGAAGAGGAAGAAACCAAAGGCAUCUUCUGAUGCUGAUAAAAAGAAAAAAAAUAAGUCAGGUAAAAAGAAUUCUUUGGAUUCUGUCACGGAGAGUCACGUUGUCAAAACAACUAGUGAAAUCGAUGAUGUAGUUAGUGCUAAGAAUUCAGACGGGGAUAUGAUGGGAACCCAUGAAAUGAUUGAUUUUGAUGAGUCUGUGAUUUCAAACCUGCAGAGACAGUUUGAGAAGGCUGCUGCUGAAGCUGGCAUUCUUAUUGGUAGCGAUCAAUCAAGUGCUUCACCAGCCACACCUGUUGCUAGUACUGGUGUAAAGAAGAGGAAAAGAACAAAGGCUAUAUCUGCUGGUGCCAACGAAAACGGAAAGAGUGCUAACUGUGAUAGUACUACUGGAAAAAGUGUUAAGAAGGUAAGGUUUUCGAUGAAGAGUAACUUGGUCUGGAAGCCAAAUAGCCCUAUGCCUCCACAGAGCUUGAGAUUACCUCCAUCAGCUACUCCAAAAGGUAGUGCUCUUAAGAAAGGCGUUCCACCUGGGCCUCUCAAGGAAACACCUUCUACAGUUAAAAAAAUGAAGGGGAAAGCAAGCUCAGUAAAGAAGAUUAGGAUUGGUGUUAAGAGUCCAUCAGCCAUCAAACGCCUUCGCAAGCUGCAAGGUCUUACUGUGUAGAUCAGUUUGAUUCGUUGAUUUUGGAUUCAUGCUUUGGUUUGUUUCCUUCUCUGCUUUAAUUUUUAUAUCUUUGGAUUUUCAUCAAGGGGUUUCCCUUAUCAUGGCAUCAUUUCUGGUCUGAAUGUUGGACUGUGAUUAUGUAAUGUUCAAUUUAUCUGUGACACAUCUUACUGAUGACAGUAUUGACUGUUCUCGUUCUGUUA